AUGUCAUCAACCGCAAGUCCAAUUGAUCUAUCAGUCCCCCCUGCCCCGCCAAGUCCUGCAAUAACGUCUACGACCGCGCCUUCACGUCGGCAGUCAUGUGAUAGAUGUCAUAGCCAGAAGCUAAGGUGUACUCCUUAUGGAGGCAGCAGAACGGGAGCUUGCAGUCGUUGCUUUCGACAUGGCACUCAGUGCGUGUACAGUCUUAGUCGCCCCAAGGGUCGUCCGAGUUUACUCCACUACAAGGGCGAGACAGUGUUUAGGCCCCCAAGAAGACGCAGGGAAACGGUCGUGCAACCGCUUACGCCCGAGGAGGAUGGCUAUCCGAGUAUCCAUGAACCUGGAAUGACAUACAGCUGUCAGCUAUCAACCCCGCCGUAUGCUUCUGGAACCAUGGUUUCAUGCCAGUCUGAGUCGGAGCCGAUCUUGGUUUCGGCACCGUAUCUGGAGCUAAUGCCCGGAGCAUGGCUGGGUCAUGCACUGCUACCAGAUGUCUGCUCGUGGGACACGACGCAUGCGCAAUAUCAGCCCAUUGACUUAUCAAAUUUCAUGUCCAACACCCAAAUCGACAUGCAGCUUGGGUUUCACGACAUCCUGCAAGAUCUAUGCAUACCUGAAAUUCAAGGCGACUGGCUCUCGGACACGGCCCACGAUUCCUCGCAACUGAGACAACUACCACUUUGCAGUUUUAGCAACGCCAUAACCACUCUUAGUCAACUAGCACCUAGAGUCCAAGCCCUUUACAACAAGAGCCGUAAAAUCUUCGAGAACUGGGAGCUAUCUCAAAAUCUGGGAGAUAUUGACCGACGUGUGCCUACGCUGUUGCUCAAUGACACCGUGUUCAAACUUGUCGUGAUAUGGCUUUUGAACCCUUUUGGAGACACGACCGGUGAUAGCAACGUUCUUGAUUCUCUUUUGACUAGCAGAAAUGAGGCAGCCAAUGGGGAGACUCUUGUUGAACUGCUAUCAUGCUCAUCCAAACUCAGAAAGGCGACGCAGUCACUUCACGAGGAACUCGGAACCCGAAGCAAUAAGCCUGUAUGCGACAACAGUGUGGGGCAACAUCUAGUGGUUGCAUGCCAUUUGCUGUUACUCAGCAGCUUUGGAGCCGUACUAGGUGCCUUGCAGGAUGGCGCUGAUGCUGUCCAAGGAAGCACAGCGCCAGGACUUGCCGAUCUCCGGUUGGCAGUAGUGGUACAACUCUGUUCUUACUUAUUCGUGCGACAAUGCCGCGUGGUGGACGCUUAUCUCGAAGCAAAUUCGGGACCGAAGUCAAGUGCAGGAUAUCCGAAGGAAGGGACUGAAGACGAAAGGGUCAUACAGGAGUUGAAGGCGCAGGUUGACAGCCGCGUUGCAUGGUUUCAGAGUCUUUGGUAUGGUGCUACGUAG